GGUUAAAGGAACAGCUACCAUUAAGCCCUAAAAUCACACUGACAACAAUCUUCAGAAGUAGUGAAUUUUCAGCUUUUAUUUCUGAUAGUCUGCCAAACCCUUCCACCAUUCACCAAUCAUCUAGGUAUGCCAUGCAUGCAAGCACGGUAUAGUCCAUCACCACCUGUUUCCACAUUUAUAACUCAGCAUUACUCUCAUGGCUCUGAGCUCAGUAAACAAUUAAUUAGUUCUUACCAUUCCAAAGUGAACAUGGAUCUAAACUGCACAGGGAUUACAGCGUCAGCUACCACAUCCCUGCCAAGUUUUAGCUCUUUCAUGGAUGGAUAUUCUGGAAGUUAUGAACACAAACCCUCAUGUUUAUAUCAAAUGCAAGCAUCGAGUCAGAGAUCCUUGAUAAAGUUGGAGAGUUACCAUCCAAUCAACUAUCAACCAUCAAUUUCUCAACAAGCAAAUGUUAUGUCUAGCCCAUCUAUGUAUUUUAAGCAGUCUCCUCCUUCAACCCCGACAACCCCAGAAUACCCAGCUCAUCUGUCACCACGAUGGGAACAACUUGACACAUUGCCACCUUCACAGUCAUGUAUAAACUCUGGGCCUUUGGUUGAAACUUUACUUAAAACUGUUACACCCCAGUAUCCAAAUUUUCACCUAAAGUAUUCUCCUUUGAAUAACCCAAUUUCUAACUCACGGAUGUGUUAUGACCUGUCUCAAAGUAUAUUAUUAUGUCCUGAAGGAGUCUCUGCCCAUGGGGCAAUGGAUCAUCUGCCAUACAAUCUGCCUAUAACAAAGGGAUCUAAUUUGAUCUUUUCCUCACUUGGAAGUACUCACAAUGUCGCUGUGUCAGGGGAUGGAAACCUUCCAUCACCCCCCAUCCGAAAAACCUCUGGGGAAGGAACCUGUGCAGUGUGUGGAGAUAACGCUGCAUGUCAGCACUAUGGUGUCAGAACAUGUGAGGGAUGCAAGGGCUUCUUUAAGAGAACUGUGCAGAAAAAAGCUAAAUAUGUUUGUUUGGCAAAUAAAAAUUGUCCAGUGGACAAAAGACGGAGAAAUCGUUGUCAGUACUGCAGAUUCCAAAAAUGUCUUAAUGUUGGAAUGGUUAAAGAAGUUGUACGCACAGAUAACCUUAAAGGCAGAAGAGGCCGAUUACCUUCAAAACCAAAGAGUCCUAAUCUUCAUGAAACAUCUCUACAAGUUCCAUCCACGACUCCAGCUGGUAUACUAAAUGCAUUGGUACAUGCACUGGCAGAUUCUACAUCCACGGAUCUUGAUUACUCUACAUACUCAACUACUACAGACCAGGCAGCUGAAGGCAAUGAUACUGAAUCUGUUCAUCAGUUCUACAACCUAUUAACUAUUUCCUUUGAAGUAACCAAGAAAUGGGCUGAAAAACUCCCAGGGUUUAAAGAACUCUCAAAGGAUGAUCAAACCCUGUUAAUAGAAUCAACAUUUUUGGAGCUAUUUAUUUUAAGGCUUUCUGUGAGAUCAAACAUGGCAGAAGAUGAAUUUGUAUUUUGUAAUGGAUGUGUACUGCACAGAAUUCAAUGUCUUCGUGGUUUUGGGGAGUGGCUGGAUGCAGUACAACAUUUCUCAUUAAAUUUACAAAGCCUUAACCUUGAUGUCUCAACUGUAGCAUGUUUGUCUGCUGCUUGUCUUUUUACAGGGCGACAAGGAUUAAAAGACCCAAAGAAAGUGGAAGAAUUACAUAACAAAAUUGUUGGUUGUCUAAAAGAACACUUAGCUGUAAGGGGACAAAACAGACCAAAUCAACUAGAUAGCACAGUAGUAAUGUGUAUUCUUACAGAAUUACGUUCUCUUUGUACAUUGGGACUGCAACGUAUAUUUUACCUAAAACUGGAAGAUUUGGUACCACCACCUGCUGUGAUUGACAAGUUAUUUUUUGAUACAUUACCAUAUUAAAUCAGUAAAAUGGUCUUUAUUUUUAAUCUAAUGAAAUCUACAAAAGAAGCUCAAACUCAAUAGGAUUAGAAUAGAUAAGAUAAGAAUAGUACUUUCUCUGUAAAAGGGAAGGAAAACAGGUAAAGCAGGUUAGUAAAAAUGUUAAGAAAUCAACAAAGUCUAAUACAAAAACUAUAUAUAUAUAUAUAUAUAAUUA